GGUUGGUGCAUGUGCUGAUAUCAGCGGAAGCGGAAACCGCUGCUUCGUGUCUGCUCGAAGGUUCCUGAAUAUCUCUGCUGUAAGGACCUGGUUCCUGAAUCUCUGAUACAAACCGGUACAGUCAGGAGACAGAGAGAACCACAGGAUGAAAGGUCACUGAUCCACAACCUUCACGCAAGCUUUUUAAACUAAUACUUCAACAAACGAGGCAAAGUUCAAUCAAGACUGUGGUGGUUGCAUACCCCACCUUUGCUGGACAACAUGACAUCUUCAAUGCUUCGAAGACAGCUGAAGAACCUGGUCCAGAAUUACUCUGAGGCUGAGGUCAAGGUUAGAGAAGCGACAUCCAACGAUCCAUGGGGUCCAUCUAGCUCUCAGAUGGCUGACAUCUCUGAUCUUACCUACAACGCCGUGGCUUGCAGUGAGAUUAUGACAAUGCUCUGGAAACGCCUGAAGGACGACAAGAACUGGAGACAUAUCCACAAGUCUCUGACUCUAUUGGAAUACCUCCUGAAGACCGGUGAUGAUCGUGUGCUGCUUAAAAUGAAAGAAAACAUCUACAUCGUCAAAGCUCUCACAGAGUAUCGCUUUGUGGAAAAGGAUGGCAAAGAUCAGGGAGUGAAUGUAAGAGAGAAGGCGAAGGUUGUUCUUGUUCUUAUGGAGGAUGAUGAAAAACUGAAGGCAGAGAGAGAGUUUGCUGUGAGGACCAGAGAAAAGACAUCCAAAGGUUCUGCUGCAUCAUCCACAGACAAUAUCAAGGAUCCAAACUACAAACCCAUUUAUGUUGCUGGAGCUUCAGGGCUUCCUUGCUUGGACAACCUUCCAUCUGUGGCUGACUUGACCGCUUCUUUUGCUGCUCGCAAAGAGGAGCGACUUCGACAAGAAGCAGAGAAGAAAGAUGCUGUGAGACGGGCCAAGAUGAGCGAAGAUGAGCUUAAAUGGGAGGAUGCAGGAAAAGCUGAUAACACAAAAAGUGAUGCAUGGGCUGGAGAGAAAGAGGAGGAGGAAGUAAAAACAGAUCCAUGGGGAGCUCCCAAAGAACCUAGUACUGAUCCAUGGGGUGUUGCCAAAACUGAAGAUCCAUUCGUGGCAGAAAAAACUGAUGAGGAUCCAUUCACGGCACCAAAAGACAAACCUGAUCCCUUCAACGCACCCAAAGACACAGAAGAUCCAUUUACUGCUCCAAAGGAUAAACCAGAUCCCUUCAGUUCUUCCAACGGGGAUCCAUUUGUUGCUCCAAAAGAUGACCCAUUUAAUGCUCCAAAGGACGACCCAUUUAAUGCUCCAAAGGACGAUCCGUUUCAUGCUCCAAAGGACGAUCCGUUUGUUGCUCUAAAGGACGAUCCGUUUGUUGCUCCAAAGGACGAUCCGUUUCAUGCUCCCAAGGAUGAUCCGUUUCAUGCUCCAAAGGACGAUCCGUUUCAUGUUCCAAAGGACGAUCUGUUUGUUGCUCCAAAGGACGAUCCGUUUGUUGCUCCAAAGGACGAUCCGUUUGUUGCUCCAAAGGACGAUCCGUUUGUUGCUCCAAAGGACGAUCCGUUUGUUGCUCCAAAGGACGAUCUGUUUAGUGCUCCAAAAGAUGAUCCAUUUAAACCCCCCAAGGGUGAUCCAUUUAGUGCUCCACAAAAUGAUCCAUUCAGUGCUCCAAAGGACGAUCAAUUUAGUGCUUCCAAAGAAACUUCGAAAGAGGAUCCGUUUAAUGCUCCUAAGGAUGAUCUAUUUGGUGCUCCCAAGAAUGAUCCGUUUGAAGCUUCAAAAGACCAUCCAUUUACACUGAAAGAUGAUCCUUUCAGUGUCCCAGCAAAUGAUCCUUUCACUGCUCCUGUAUCAACACCUCCUAAAGAAGAACCAUUAGCAGAACCAACAUUACCUAAAGCUGACUCAUUUACUGGUCCCACAACGCCACCUAAAGCGGCAUUUUCAUCACCAACCGAACCUGCUCAAAACUAUCAUUUUGCUGCACCAACAACACCAACUAAGGAGGAUCCUUUUUCUACAACGUCAAAAGCUACAAAAGAAGACCCCUUUGAUGCACCAACAACACCGUCAACAGAGGACCCAUUUACAGUGCCCUAUAGUCCACCAACAGAGGCUUCUUCAGAUCCCUUUAGAGCCCCUACAGUAGGCUCACCCCAAGAAACUGCAGGUCAUGCCAGUUCUCCACCUGCCAAAGGCUCUGAUGCUUGGGGGGCACCAUGUGCCUCAAAGGAAACAAAGGGUGGUGAUCCCUGGGGGGACGGCUCAUUACCACUUGAUGAUUCUGACCCAUUUGGAGAUGCAUCCAAACCAGAUGAUGACCCAUGGGGAGCCCCGGCUUCUGUUCCAGUGGCAUCAGAUGAUGCAUGGGGUACAUCUGCUCCUCCCUCAGACUCCUCCCAAUCCGGCGACCCGUUUGGAGACGGUUCAUCUAAAGUCAACGAUCCUUGGGGUGCACCAAGCAAUGCAAGUGGCAAUUCUGCAGGAAAGCAUACAGCAAAGGAAGAGGAGAUUCGUAGAAAGACUGCUUCAUUUUUGGGCCCUACGGGGGCGUCACUGGUUGACUUGGACAAUCUGUUUGCCCCAAACCCCAAAGCCAAACAGCCCCUCGUCAACAUGCUCGCCGCCCAAACACAAUCCAUCGGCACAUUCAAAGGCCCGAUAUCUGGUCCUUCAGCCAGAUCAGGGGCUUUCGCUGAAACUUUAGCCCCAAAUUAUAAUCCUUUUGGUUCCAGCCUAGCACCCACUCAUGGUGCUAUUCAUUCUUCUUUUGGGGCUGCCAGUCCUUCUGCUGAAACUCUCCAGUUUAAGGAACCGUUACAUGCUCUGGGAACGCCUCAUUCUUCUGCCCAUGUUCUUCAUGCAGCUCAGGAUGCUCCAGCUUUUGGAAUAGCAACACCUGUGACACAAUGGGGAGUUGGAAUGUUGCAUUUUGAAUAUACUGUAGGGAAUAUUUUGGGAACAGGAGAUGCUCCACCUAGUUUUUUUGGAGUUCACUCAGCAGAUGUAAAUCCAUUUAUAAGUGUUUCCCCACAGACAAAAAGUGAAGACACCAUAAGCAGUGAACCAAAUGAGAUGAUGAACAACAAUAACAAUCCAUUCCUGUUUUAACAGUUUAACACCUCCGAUUGAGUCAAGCUGAAUAUUUAUUAAAGAUCAAUAAAAAGUAACCGUGAUUUUCUUUCCCAAUAAUUGGCCCCUGACUUUUGUUUAAAAGGUUGUGAAAUUAAGCUUGGUAAAAUGUAAGAAACGUUGACCUUGUAGAGCUUUUCUAUUUCAGGACCAUUUACAAAUUGUUUCCACUUAUAUGGCCGUAAAUGACCUAAAUGUUGCCAUGGUGUAUUCUUAUAAAAUAGUAAAUGAUUCUUGAUUAAAACAGUCCUUUUGUAUUCCAUCUGUUCCUCAUAAUGUCCAAAUAAAAAACAUGUCAGCAGGUAAUGUGUGCAAACUGUCAUACAAUAGAAGCAUUCACCAGAAUAAACCAUUAAAUCAGUCUGGGAAAGAAAACCUUUGAGUGUCUUUAGGGAAACACUAAAGAGUAACUGUGUAUCUGUGUGAUUCUUUUGUUAAGAGAAAUGUGCAUGUGCUUGAAGCUGGUUUGUGUGUGUGAAGUGUGUGCACACUGUGUGGUGUGCUGAUGUAAAUAGUGGAAGUAAUUACUGAUAAACCUUGAAUUAUACUGUAUAUCAAAGUGUUACAAUCAAGAUAACUAUUUAUGGAACUAUUUAUUGAUUUAUUUAUUGCUUUAUAAGUUAUUGACGCAGUAGUGGCCUCUAACGAAGACAAAAAUCAGGUGAACUUACAUGACAGUUUACUGGUUUCAGAUUCAGCUGUAAUUGUUGGUGGCUUCAUCUCAUCUUCUCUGAUUAGGAGACCUCAUACAAGAGAACAUGCCUACUUUGUCCCAACGAAAAUGAAAUGUUGAGCUGCUCCAAUGGCUCAAUUAAAAGCUGAAUUUGAGCCUACUGCGGUGCAUGCAUGCACUCUGAGCACAUCCUCUUAUUGUAUAUAUAUAUAUAUAUAUGUGUGUGUGUGUGCACACUACAUGUACGUGUGUGUAAGAGUAAGUUCGGCCUUUAUGUUUUUGGUGUGUAAAUGAAAUUCAGUAUCAUUUACCUUUACACCUGCUGUAAAUGGUAAAUAAUAGGAUUUUAAUUUCCAUUUAUGUAGUUCUGUGGCCAGCGACAUGAAGCCUGGUUUAACAUCAUGAGAAAUUAGCAGCAGGUGAGGGGACUGAGUUUUUAAAGGUUCAGCCUAUUCUGAGCCAUGCUGGUAGCAAAAUAACUUCAGCAAUGGCUUCAUUUAAACUGUUUGCACUCUUUUAGUCCACUGAAAAAUUAGAAUGAAUGAAACCUGAAUUUAUGCUUACUUGGAUUCUUGGUCAGGUUUUGGUCAUCCUAAAUACUUAAACAGAAGGUGUCUGAACCUCAAACAAUGGUUCUUGAAGACGUUUGAGCUGUCUUCCUACAGGUUUUCUCAGCUCUGAGCCUCACACAACAGAUGAAGCGUCUACAUAAACAAAGAAAGUCUGUCUGUUGAGGCUGUUAGGAUUUUGGCUGUGCGGCAGUCAGACUGGGGACUUUUUUCAGAUUUUAUUUUGUAUGAAAUACAUUUAUUUUGCUCUGUAUUUAUCUUUAAAACUGUGUUGUAAACUGUGACGGUGUACAGUACAUUUGAGAAAUAAAAUUGAUUAUGUUGCCUCUAA